CCCCGCGCGCAGCAUUUUGGGGGCUGUAGUCCGCGGUGGGGCCGGGCUCGCAAGCGCAGUUUGGCCGCCAUCGCGCUUCCCGGCCUCUGGGCUGCUGAGACCCGUCUGGGGACAGCGCAGCAGGUCCUUGGUCCUGGCACACCAGAGCCCCUGGGCAUCCUGUUGUUCCUGGUGUCUCUCCCUUGGAGCCACUUGUCCCCAGCUAGCCACACUUGGGUUUCCCAGUGCAGGUUUGGAAAGAUGCUGCCCUUGGAGAAGGCAUUUGCCUCCCCCAGGACCUCCCCGACCCCCCCAGAACUGCCUGCACCAGGGUCAGCUGGUGGAGGAGCAUCAGAGUCAGCUGCUGGAGCACAGCAGGAAGAACCUGGAAAUGUCUCUGAGAGAACUCCCGCUGAGAAAAUGCCCACAGAGAAAACUCCUGCUGAGAAAACUCCCAGUGAGUUUCCUGCUGAGAAAACUCCAGAGGAGAAAAAUCCCGAGGAGAAAACACCUGCUGAGAAAACACCAGCCGAGAAAACCCCUGCUGAGAAAACCCCUGCCGAGAAAACCCCUGCUGAGAAAACCCCUGCCGAGAAAACCGCUGCCGAGAAAUCCCCUGCGGAGAAAUCCCCUGCCCCUGCGGAGAAAACCCCCGCAGAGAAAUCUCCCGCUGAGAGAACUCCUGCCGACCUUGAGUUCUCUCGCCUGCGCUUCCGGGAAUUUGUCUACCAGGAGUCUGCCGGGCCCCACCAGACCCUGGCCCGUCUCCAUGAGCUGUGCCGCCAGUGGCUGAUGCCUGAGGCACGCUCCAAGGAGCAGAUGCUGGAGCUGCUGGUGCUGGAGCAGUUCUUGGGCAUCCUGCCAGACAGGGUCCGACCUUGGGUGGUGGCGCAGUAUCCCGAGAGCUGCAAGAAGGCGGCCUCCCUGGUGGAGGGCCUGGCUGAUAUGCUGGAUGAGCCAGGGAUGCUGUUGGGAUCCCCCGCUGGGUCCUCAGUGAUGAGCGAGGGUAUAUACGACAGGUAUCCUGAGCCACUGCUGUUUCCAUUUGGGCCAGUAAGCCCCAGCCAGGACCUGGGAAUUGGGGAUCCCCUGUGCCCUGCUGUGACUCCCUGGCUCUCCAUGGAACCCCUGCUUCCAGAACUGGGGAGCAUCGGAGAAAUAAAGACUGAAGAGGCUGACCCUUCCAAAGCCGACCAGAAGAAACUGAAGCCCUUUCUAGAGGAGCCUCUGCAGCAGGAAGGGUGGGGCCACCUGGACCCUGCCCAGGAGAACUUAAAGAGCUAUAGGAAGCUGCUUCUGUCAGGGUAUCAGCUUUCCCAGCCUGAUACUACUUUCAGGCUGGACACGGAGGAACUUCAGUUGGAGAGAGAAGAGAGCGAGCCGGCAGCAGGCAAACUCCCAGGCAGUGGGAGGCAGCAGGAAGGCACAGGGGGUAUGAGUGAAGACAUCUCCACCCCUGAGAUGCAGACAGAGGAGCCGGAGGGGGACUGUCCUGCCAACCCCUCUGGCACCACUGAGAAAGAGGAGGAGCAGCAGCCAUGUAAGGUUCCAGAUCCUCAGGACAGGGAGUCAAGCCCUGUCUCCGAAAGUCAGGGAGAUUCAAUCAUCCAGAGCCCAGUGCUGGACGAGGACCAGGCCAAGCUGGCUGCCCCGCAUCAGGGCUUGGGAGUGAAGAGGCCUCAUCCUGAAGAUGAGGAAGGGCAGGGCCCUGAGCCUGAAGAGGCAAGCAAAGAAUCUGAUGUAGCUGGGCAGGACCCCGGCACCUCAGCUUCAGGCUGCCCAGCUGCUGACAAACCCAGCACACCGCGGGGGAAGCCCUAUGCCUGCAGUGAGUGCGGGGAGGCCUUCGCGUGGAUCUCCCACCUCAUGGAGCAUCACAGCAGCCAUGGGGGAAGGAAGCGCUUUGCGUGUCAGGGCUGUUGGAAGACCUUCCACUUCAGCCUGGCCCUGGCCGAACACCAGAAGACCCAUGAGAAGGAGAAAGGCUACGCGCUGGGGGUGCCCGCAAGUCCUCAAUCUGCUGUGCGUGAGGCCCAGGCUGAUGACAGGGCCUGUGAGCCUCCGAGCGCAGAGGGUGAGGUGUGCCCUGGGCCACCCGAAGAGGCAGAGGCGCAGAGGUGAGCCUUCCUGCCAUGAGGGUUGUGGGUGAGCAGCCAGUGGGGAAUGGUGGCUCCCUGUGGCGUCUGCGUGUUCUUCAGUGGGCUCUUGUGGCUGAAGCACAUGAACAGGAAUGGCCACAGGAAGCCUCCUCCUUCUGAAAACCCCUGGGCAGAUGCCGACUUGCUAUUGUGAAGACGCCACUAUCCUCUGCAGCCCUUUUAGCGCCACCCCACGCUAGGUCAUUGACACUUUACAGUGUAGGUUGUCACUGUGUGUGGUCUGCCAGUGCUUUCUUGAACUCACCCUUAUGGCAAUGCCUCCUGUGUGAGCUCUCCAAGGCUGUUCACGUGAAAGUCCUGUCAGCUGUUUUAGCCCUUUUUGUAAGUGUGUGACUGUCAAAUUCACUUCUGAGCCCGCAAAAGCAGAAACUUUUCUAGCUUAACAGCUCGUCUUUACUUAUGUGGAGUAGCUUACAAAGAUCCCCAAAAUGCUGUAGCCUAAUGACAUAGGGUUUUCAGACCACGGGUCUCACCCCAUUAUUGAACUGUGAAAUCAAAUUAGUGAGUGGCCACCAGCAUUACAAAGCAGUGAAGUAGAAUAAAGUAGGUUAAAGGCAUCAUGUAGUAAAGGCAAAUACUGUUUUGUGAAACUUUUCAGCCAUACACCUAAACAUGAGAACUGGUUGCAAUGUAAAAUGUAUUUCUUACUAGGGGUUUGUGAUCAAAAUAGUGGUCUGUCUGCCUGAGCAAAGGAAACUAAACUCCUUGGGCUACAGAAGGUGAUCCUUUGAUUUCUUGCAUUUAUUCUCAGAUUACAGCAUUGUUCCCAUUGCCUGAGCAUAAAUUUAAUUGCUUCCUGUAGAUAGAUAAACUGGUGUCUCUUUCUGUCACUGUGUUUGAGCAGGCAAUCUGUUGUAAAGAUCCCCAGAUUACAGAGGCUUAACAUAAUAAAUAUUUAUUCACUGACAUCAUA